AUGCCGGCCGGUGGAUUUGUCGUCGGGGAUGGCCAAAAGGCUUAUCCCGGCAAACUUACUCCCUUUGUUCUCUUCACUUGCGUCGUCGCUGCCAUGGGUGGUCUCAUUUUCGGUUACGAUAUCGGAAUCUCCGGUGGUGUGACGUCGAUGCCGUCAUUUCUCCGGCGUUUCUUCCCGUCGGUGUACCGGAAACAGCAAGAGGACGCGACAACAAACCAGUACUGCCAAUACGAUAGUCCAACGCUUACACUAUUCACUUCGUCGCUGUACCUAGCGGCGUUGAUCUCGUCUCUGGUGGCUUCCACCGUGACGAGGAAGUUCGGACGGCGACUCUCGAUGCUCUUCGGUGGUAUACUCUUCUGUGCCGGAGCUCUCAUUAAUGGUUUCGCUAAACACGUUUGGAUGCUCAUCGUCGGUCGCAUCUUGCUCGGUUUCGGUAUCGGUUUCGCUAAUCAGGCUGUGCCACUAUACCUCUCGGAGAUGGCUCCAUACAAAUACAGAGGAGCUUUAAACAUUGGUUUCCAACUCUCAAUCACAAUCGGAAUACUCGUCGCCGAAGUUCUCAACUACUUCUUCGCCAAGAUCAAAGGCGGUUGGGGAUGGAGGCUCAGUCUCGGAGGCGCGGUGGUUCCCGCCCUGAUCAUAACCAUCGGCUCACUCGUCCUCCCUGACACUCCCAACUCAAUGAUCGAGAGAGGCCACCACGAGAAGGCUAAAACCAAGCUUAGGCGAAUCCGUGGCGUCGAUGACGUGAGCCAAGAGUUUGACGAUUUAGUCGCCGCGAGUAAAGAGUCUCAGGCGAUAGAGCAUCCGUGGACAAACCUCCUCCGACGUAAAUACCGGCCACAUCUCACUAUGGCCAUUAUGAUUCCCUUCUUUCAGCAGUUAACCGGAAUCAAUGUGAUUAUGUUUUACGCUCCGGUUUUGUUCAACACCAUUGGUUUCACGACCGACGCUUCUCUCAUGUCCGCCGUGGUGACUGGCUCGGUUAAUGUCGCAGCCACGCUCGUUUCGAUCUACGGUGUUGAUAGGUGGGGACGUAGGUUUCUCUUUCUUGAAGGUGGUACACAAAUGCUAAUAUGUCAGGCUGUUGUUGCAGCGUGUAUUGGGGCCAAGUUUGGGGUAGACGGGACCCCUGGUGAGCUACCAAAGUGGUAUGCUAUUGUUGUUGUAACGUUCAUAUGCAUUUACGUGGCGGGUUUCGCGUGGUCAUGGGGUCCGCUAGGAUGGUUAGUACCGAGUGAGAUCUUCCCGUUAGAGAUAAGGUCGGCCGCACAGAGUAUCACGGUGUCAGUGAACAUGAUCUUCACGUUCAUAAUCGCACAAAUCUUCUUGACAAUGCUUUGCCAUUUGAAGUUUGGGUUAUUCCUCGUAUUUGCCUUUUUCGUGGUGGUGAUGUCGAUUUUCGUAUACAUAUUCUUGCCGGAGACAAAAGGGAUUCCGAUAGAGGAGAUGGGUCAAGUGUGGAGGUCACAUUGGUAUUGGUCAAGAUUUGUGGAGGAUGGUGAGUAUGGGAAUGGGCUUGAGAUGGGCAAGAGCAACAACCAAGGAAUUAAGCAUGUUUGA